AUGGUGAAGUCGUCGCGCUGCGAGAAGGCAACCUUAAAGAAAGGGCCAUGGACUCCUGAGGAAGACCAGAAGCUCAUGGCUUACAUUCAACAACAUGGCCAUGGAAAUUGGUCUUUCUUGCCUGCAAAAGCUGGACUCCGAAGAUGUGGGAAGAGCUGCAGACUGAGAUGGACUAAUUACCUAAGACCUGACAUCAAACGAGGCAACUUCAGCUCGCAAGAAGACCAAACCAUUAUUCAACUUCAUGCUCUUCUGGGAAACAGAUGGUCGGCUAUAGCACUUCAUUUGCCAAAAAGAACAGACAAUGAGAUCAAGAACCACUGGAACACCCACCUCAAGAAGAGGCUCACCAGAAUGGGAAUAGACCCCGCCACUCACAAACCCAUAAACGACGCCUUACACGGCCAGUCCAUGGACGCAGCCAACCUCAACCAUAUGGCUCAGUGGGAGACUGCCCGGCUCCAAGCCGAAUCCAGACUGGUCAGCGAAUCCAAGCUUCGGCUCCAGAUCAACCGGCUUAUCGGCUCCUUCUCUUCCCAACCUUGGCCCACUCGACUCUUGCUCAACAAGAUCACACCUCUGCCGUCACCAACUCCCUGCCUCGACGUCCUAAAGGCAUGGCAGAAUUCAUGGUCGCCGACGUCGCAAUCUUCAACUCCGACAACUACUGCUGAUAACAUCCCCAAAACGCACAGCAUGUAUGCCAUGAUGCUCGCCACCGAGGCCGACCUAAAGCCGCCGACGUCGACUUUAAGCUUCGCAGACACAAUUUUCCUCAACUCCAACACUAGUAAUAUAACCAACUUUGGACUUAUCAAUCAAAGCUUAUUACUUCCGUCUUCCAACGCCGGUGGGGACAGUGGAAUAAUCAUGAAAGAAGCGAGUGAUGGUGCGUCAUAUUGGGAAAACUCAGCGGGAAGCUUGAUGAGAGACGACGACAUUAUGGUGGCCGUGGAAGGAUUCAGAUCAAAAGGUUAUAACUGUGAUGAUUCCAUGGUAGACCUGCACAAUGACGGUGUGUUGGUGUAUGGAUUCAAUGAGAUCUCACCACAACAAAACCUGGGAGUCUUAAACGUCGGAGAAGAAGGAAGCACCAACUUUGAGGAGAAGCAUUAUUGGGAAACCAUACUCAACUUGGGGAAUGAUUUUCCCUGA